GAAUCGAAAGUGAAAGUGAUGAUCACUAAAUAAAAGGAAAUCUAACUGCAAGCAGUCACAGGAGACGCACUGAUAACACCAGGAAAACGCAUUAUAAUAACAGCUCCUCCACCUUCCGUCGGACUCAAGAAAGCCAUCAUCACGCAACAAAUAGUGGACGGAGAAGUGGUCUCUCAGAGCGAACUUGAGCAAAAUCCUAAUCACAACAACCACGUUUUUGGGGAGGAAGAGGAGUUAACAGAACAAAUGGAGUUAGCAAUGGAAAAGGCAAAAGAAGAGCAAGAGGAGUGGGGAAAACAAAUGGAGUUAGCGAUAGAAAAGGUGAAAGAAGAGCAAGAGGAGUUGGCAGAACAAAUGGGGUUAGCAAUGGAGUUAGCGAUGGAAAAAGUAAAAGAAGAACAAGAGGAGUGGGGACAACAAGUGGAAUUAGCGGUGGAAAAGUGGAAAGAUGAGCAAGAGGAGUGGGGACAACAAAUGGAGUUAGCAAUGGAAAAGUGGAAAGAUGAGCAAGAGGAGUGGGGACAACAACUGGAGUUAGAGGUGGAAAAGUGGAAAGAUGAGCAAGAGGAGUUGGCAGAACAACUGGAGUUAGAGGUGGAAAAGUGGAAAGAUGAGCAAGAGGAGUUGGCAGAACAACUGGAGUUAGAGGUGGAAAAGUGGAAAGAUGAGCAAGAGCCCAUUAUAAUAAAUACAUUUAUCAAAAUCUUCAAAGAGUUCAACAAGCUCUGA